UCAUCAGCUUUGACAGAGUGCAAGAUGGCGUGUGAAAUGUCGCAGAUGGAAAGCAGCAUAGAGACCGUGAUCAACGUCUUCCACCAGUACUCUACGCGGCUGGGGAACCCAGACACCCUGAACCAGAAAGAAUUCAAACAGCUGGUGAAAAAAGAGCUACAAAACUUCCUCAAGAAGGAUGAGAAGGAUGACAAAACCAUAAACCACAUCCUGGAAGACCUGGACACCAACCAAGACAAGGAGCUGAGCUUUGAGGAAUUCAUCAUCAUGAUGGCAAGGCUGACCCAAGCCUCCCACGUGCAGAUGCAUAAGGGUUCCUCCUCGCCGGGCCACAGCCACGGGCCAGGCCUCGGGGAAGGUGGCCAAAGCUCAGGCCAUGGCCACAGUCACGGUGGCCAUGGUCACAGUCACGGUGGCCAUGGCCACAGCCACGGUGGCCACGGCCACAGCCACUAAUCAGGAGGCCAGGCCACCCUGCACCUGCCCAACCAGAGCCACAGGGGCUGUUGUGUGCACUGCCUUGGCUGUGAG